AUGUUAUUUCCACCUUGAAAAGUGAAAAACUGUAUUAUAGCUGAUAGAAAUCACUUAUUCACUAAAUAAACCCCAUUUUCCACAAAAAUUCUUUUGAUCGGUUAACAAUGGUACUUGAGGCUACGAUGAUAUGUAUUGAUAAUUCUGAGUGGAUGCGUAAUGGUGAUUACCCACGUAAUCGAUUUGAAGCUCAAUCUGAUGCUUUUAGUUUCAUUUGUGGUGCUAAAACUCAGUCAAAUCCUGAGAAUACAGUUGGAGCAUUGACCAUGGCUGGCAAAGGAGUUCAUGUAUUAGUCACUCCGACCAGCGACCUAGGGAAAAUGUUAGCUUGCAUGCAUGGAUUAAAUAUCGGUGGUGAGAUGAAUUUGGCUGCUGGACUCCAGGUGGCACAGUUGGCUCUGAAGCAUCGGCAAAACAAAAAGCAACAGCAGAGGAUCAUUCUUUUUGCUGGCAGCCCUGUUAAACAAGACAAGAAGGUUUUGGAAAUGAUUGGAAGAAAGUUGAAGAAGAAUAGCGUAGCUCUUGAUGUUGUUAAUUUUGGUGAAGAAGAUGAGGAGAAGGCUGAGAAGCUUGAGGCAUUAGUUGCUGCAGUUAACAACAGUGAUAGCAGUCACAUCUUUCAUAUUCCUCCCGGUCCUACUGCUCUUGCUGAUGUGCUAAUAAGUACUCCUAUCUGCACCGGAGAUGGUGAGGGUGGAAGUGGAUUUGCUGCAGCAGCAGCUGCAGCUGCUGCUGGUGCAGGGCCUGGCUAUGAUUUUGGUGUUGAUCCUAACUUGGAUCCUGAGCUUGCUCUGGCACUUCGAGUUUCAAUGGAGGAGGAAAGGGCUAGACAAGAAGCUGCAGCAAAGAAGGCUGCAGAAGAAGCUGCAAAACAAGAAAAAGGAGAAAUGCAAUCAACUUCCCAGGAUGUUACAAUGACUGAGAAUGUCAGUGCCAGAACGUCUGAAACUGAAAACAAGGCGGCUGAUCUAAUGGAUGAUGAGAAUGCCCUGUUACAACAAGCACUUGCAAUGUCGAUGGAUGAUUCUUCCUCCAACAUUGCUACAAAAGACGUGGACAUGUCAGAAGCAGCUUCUGCAGAUCAAGACUUGGCACUAGCUCUUCAAAUGUCUGUGCAGGACAAUGCAAAAGAUGAUUUAAACCAGCCAGAUGUGACUAAAUUGUUGGCAGACCAAUCAUUCGUGUCAUCAAUUCUUGCUUCACUUCCAGGUGUUGAUCCAAAUGAUCCUUCAGUUAAAGAUUUACUUGCUUCUAUGCAAGGCCAGUCUGAGCAGAAGGAUGAAGACAAGGAACAAAAAGAGGACAAGAAGUGAUGAUGCCUAAAUCUAGUAUACACCACAGGCUAAGAAGUUGAGAUUGUAAUCAACAAAUGAUGCAGAUUGAUGAAAUUGUUUCUGGGAGUUGGGCUUAAAGAAUUUUUUUGUGGAAAAGAAUUUAAACCACAUGUUACUCUUGUCCCAUGCUUCUCAAUUUGAAGUAUAGUUUACUGAGAAAAUGCCAAUCGUCCCACUUGUGAUUACUAUUUUCUCUAUUGAAAUGCAAGAAACAUGGUGCCUAAUUGUCAUUGCAAAACUUAGUUUUGAGUUUGGCUCGGUUUUGAUGUCAUACUUUUGUUGGUUUGCCGGAGUUGUACCUAUAGAUGAUGUUUCGAUUAUCGUACUACUUAGUUUUAGUUACUAUUUCCUUUUCAGGCA